CGCGGCUUCCGUAAGGUGUCGUGGCGCUUGUGGUGUAUGAAGGCGAAAGUACAGCUGCUCUAAAUAGGAAGAUAAGCAAAUAUUUGUUACAGGUACAUUACGAUCAAACUGGAGUGAUCGUUUAUCAUAUAAAGGUUUCCGACUGAUAAUGAGGCGCGCAGGUUUGGGUGAGGGUGGCCCUCCAGGCAGUUACGCUGCAAGUGGACACAGCUUGUAUGAGGAGGAGAAUGAACAUCUACAGGAGGGACUGAAUGCUAAAGUACAUGCACUUAAACAUCUUUCAAUUGACAUUGGAAAUGAAGUCAAGUACCAGAAUAAAAUGUUAGGAGAAAUGGACUCUGACUUUGACUCAACUGGAGGUCUGUUGGGAGCCACCAUUGGUAGAUUGAAGCUCCUCUCCAGGGGAAGCCAAACCAAGGUGUACUGCUACAUGCUGCUGUUUGCCCUGUUUGUGUUUAUAGUCCUGUACUGGGUGAUCAAACUGAGGUGAUCGUAGGACUAAUGAGACUCUUCAGGACCUUUCGUUUGUGCCAUGCUUUAUUUGGGGUAGAGGGUCAGAAUCCUCACAGAGAUGACGAGGACUGAGGUUACUGAGGAGUACCAGAAUGCUUUCUUUCCAUUGGACAAGAAGUUGAAACAUUGAUUGACAAUGUGCAAUAUUAGACUAAAAUCCAU